AGUGUGUGCAGCGGUGUUGGAGCACUGAUUUGUCCAUCAGCGUACACUUGGGGUGUAAGGGUUUCUUUGUGUUCUGGCGAGUUUUCUUCGUGCAGCAUGUCAGAAGCUGCACGAGUGUCUUUCUGUAUUUCUUCUGGAUCUCUGCUGAUGUUCAGAAAGCUUCCUCAUCAGCUCGGUGAAAGUUACUGCUGUCACGCAUCGUUUUGAAGCGUUUUUAUUUUAGUUUGUGUUAUUUUUGCUCGAACAUCCUGGUCUGGAUGCGCAGCAGAGCGGAUACGAGAAGCCCGAGAAGCGCUGAAAUGAUGCGCAUCCGUGGCCGCAGCGUUUCGCUCUGUGAGCUCGGCCGUCCGCUCUCUACACACUGAGAAAAGCGGAGAAGAGGGGAGCCUUUUCCCGUUAGCCGAAUCACGUUUCACCGCUGACUGAGUGACUGAUCAGAGCUAAGGAAAACGGAAGGAGGAGUGGGGCGUGUGGAUGUGAGAGUAAAACAAAAAAGAAAGGAAAAAAGCAGGAUCUGGAUGCAGAAGGGAACAGCCACUGUAUGCGGGCACAAUUGUUCCCGAGAUUUUCAAUAGAAUAGACAUUUGUUUUCAUCCUUUGUACUUGCGGAUUAAGAAGUUAGUUCGAGAAAAGAAGAAAUAGCAGGUUGGCGCGCUGUUGUGUACGGUGGGUGAGGAGGGUUUGGGGGGUGGGAAAGAAAAAUGCUGCCUUCGCAAGAAGCCUCCAAAAUCUACCAUGACAACUAUAUGCGCAACUCCAGGGCCAUCGGGGUCCUGUGGGCCAUAUUCACCAUCUGCUUGGCCAUCAUUAACGUGGUGGUGUUCUUCCAGCCUUAUUGGAUUGGCGACAGCGUCAACACACCUCAAGCCGGCUACUUCGGUUUGUUCCACUACUGCGUGGGUAACGGGAACUCCAACCGGGAAUUCUCGUGCCAGGGCAGCUUCUACGAAUUCGGCUCCAUCCCGUCAGGAGCCUUUAAGGCGGCCUCAUUCUUCGUGCUGAUGUCCAUGGUGCUCAUCAUCACCUGCAUCGGCUGCUUCGCCCUCUUCUUCUUCUGCAACACUGCCACGGUCUACAAGAUCUGCGCCUGGAUGCAGCUGCUAUGCGCCAUCUGUCUCGUGCUUGGCUGUAUGAUCUUCCCGGAUGGCUGGGACGCAGAGGUGAUCCAGGACAUGUGUGGUGAGGACACUGGAAAGUAUACCUUGGGCAACUGCUCUGUUCGUUGGGCCUACAUUCUGGCUAUCAUCGGCGUGCUGGAUGCCCUCAUCCUCUCCUUUCUGGCCUUCGUGCUGGGCAAUCGGCAGAGGGACUUCCUGCAGGAGGAGCUGAAGGCUGAAAACAAAGACUUCGUUGUGUCAAGGCUCCAUCUUGGUCCACCUCUGCGAAUGGAUGGUAUUGAAAUACAAGAAACUAAGGAUCCAAGAUUUUGUGUUCAGCAGUUCCACUGAGAACCAAAGAUCUCUUCCUCCUCUUCCAGCUUUGUGCCUCGUUCCCCGAUACUUCACCUCCUCCAUCUCCUGUCCUAAGCUCUUCAGGUGAAACCCUUUUGAUUUGGGUUUUGGAGGUCAAAGUUUGUUAAGCAGGACUGACACGGACUAAUCUAACAAAGUCAAACUGUUUGAGAAGAAACAAAACCUGAGAGAAAGUGGGAUGAUCAGCUUUACCAAACUCUGGGAUAAAAUCAUUCGCAAACACACACUCGUAUUGUUCCAUGGAGUUAUUACAGCAAAGCUCACAGAGUUAACGAUCUGUGAUUAUUGAAUGAAGAAAAAAACCACUUUACAGCUUUAAAAGUCAAAAGAAGAAGUGCGUAUGUAAAAGCACACAGGUGCUACUUAUGACAUAACAACAAAGAAAUGAAACAACUUUUGUACAAUUUAGACGAGGUGUCAUUUUGAAGUCUUUUUUAGGUUCAUUUUCAACUUCUCUUUGUACACGACACGGCCUGAGCCCGGGAACGUCAAAAUAAACAUGUUUCUAUGGAAAUAGGUAAAUACAUACUUUUAAGCAUUUUGUUGCCCAUACGUGAAACAACAUAUUCAUCAGCUGUUAGCAGUAUAAUGUGUUUGUCCUUUACUCUGUGUGUAAUAAUACCAACAGAUGGCCAAAACGUUCGUAUUUCACAACAUUACAGUUUUGGGUUUGUUCAUCAAAGGGGCGAUAUCUGUUCUGCUUCCUCAGCUGGGUUCUGUUUGUAUGUCCAAAAACAGCCCUGCAUGCUGCAUCUAUCUCAGGCCUGAAAGACGAUGCUGGGGCUCAGACUCCUCGGUCUGCUGCGCUGUCCUGCUACAUGCCCAGCAGUUGAAGAGUAUUGAGAGGACAAGAAAAAGAAUUGCAUACUGUGUAGCUAAUCUUAUAUGGACACAGACAAUUGGCUGACAUGAUGAUUAUACAAGGCAUUUUCAUUUUGGAAGGCACAACUGAAUGAGAAGGUGGAAAGAAAGACUAUCGUGAUCAUUAUUUACUUAGAUGUUUUUAAAGUUUUAAACUUGCUUUUUCCAAGUUGCUGCCGGAAAUUUAGACAGAUUUAAUCCAACAGCUCUGUAAAGUCAGUGAAUAAUCAAAUAGAAUCUAGAUUCUGAUGGACGCACUAAUACCCUAGUGCUGAUGUUGCAUGAAUACAGAGAAAGUCAACACAGGUUCAGAUCAGGACGAUCUAAUAAAAACCACAAAAAAACCUCAUGGAUCAUUUUCUGAAAGAAAACAACUUUGGAACAUUUAGGAGUCUGUUGGGGUUUAAAGUGGCCCUUGUGGAAAAUCUCUUUUGGUGAUUACCAAUAAUGCAAAAGUCUGUAAGAUGCUUUAGUUAGCGCGCCCGUUUAUAGUCAGGGGCUAGUUUGAUCAUUUAUCAUGAAUUAAAUGCUGUAAAAGGCAUUUAAACUAAUUACUCAGCCUAUCCGGGAAAGUUUCUUUGUUUGUUUUUAAUAUUUUGACGUAAAUUUCAGUUGUAAAGCUGAUGUUCAACAAAGUCAGUUAAGAAGCUACAGCAUCUCUUUUAUUCAAUGGAAAAAGGGUUGUGGGCUAGCCAUAGCUAACCAGCUAAAGUCACUGAAGUCUGUUUAUCUGUUUGCCUCAUGAAUUGUACAUUUUACAGUAUAUUUUCUUUAAACUUUAAAAUGGGAUGUCAGAAGGCAGGCUUUGAUCUUACCUCAAUUUUGACCACAUAUCAAAGCUAUUUAGUAACCAUGUCUUGGAUUUGUAUAUCAGUGUCGCUUGUAGGAGGCAAAUGAUGCUAGUGCUGUCAGUUUGGGCAUCUUUAGAAAAUACUAGGACAUCAUCAAGAGCAUUAAAUUUAUAAUCUAUAUUCAAAACGCUGGUAUAGUGGCAGACACACAGAGGCAUGCAAUGAAUGAAAGGAUGCAGAUUUAACCUUUGGAAGAGUUUCCUGAGCAUUUUAGUGGUAUGAUAUUGCACUCACAGUCAUCUCCAGUGAUAGAUGUCCUUUCAUUUUCUGUCAGCCUCAGGAGUCUUUUUCCUUUUUCCUGCUGAGGUGUAUUAAAACACUCAUCCAUCGAACCGUUCUCUUCUGUUUAUCCAGUUCAAUCAUCAUAUAAUAUCUGCAGUAAUAUUAGUUUGACUUUUGAUCCUCAUUGGUUGAAUACCUGUGUGACUGGAGCAGUUAAAAACAUGUGAGCACCAAAGGAUCUUUAGUUUUUGUGAGAUUUUCUCAGGGUUAAAGUUUCCAGUACAGAUUUCUCAACUAGUUUUUGCACAAGCAAGUAUAUGUUUACAACACAUGUAUUGAUACUUGUUUUGGCUGAUCCCUUUAGGGGUCACCACAGCAGAUCAUCUGCAUCCACCUCUCCCUGUGUCUGGUAUCCUCUUCUGUCACACCAACCCCCUGCACUACAUCCACAAACCUCCUCUGCAUACAUCCUAAACCAUCUCAACCUUUUCUCUCCAAACCGCUCACUCAGAGAUAUCUUUCUGAUGUACUCAUUUCUCUUUCUUGUCCUUUCUGGUCAAUCUGAAUUUAAAUCUUAACAUCUAGAAUUCUGCGACCACCUCCACCUCAGCCUCUUAUCGUGGUGGAGUAAGGUCUCACUGGCGCCUUGUAAGCCUUCUCUUCCACUCUUGCUGCUACCCUUCUAUCGCAUGUCACCCCUGACACUCAUUUCCACCGAGACAACCCUGCCUCACCUCUCUUUUGCCGUGUCCGUUGCUUUGGAUGGUUGACCCCAGGUAUUUAAACUCAUCUCUGCUCCUUACAUGUUAACAUUUCCACCAGUUUCCCGGUAAUUCACACACCAUCACAGCUAUGUCAUCUGGACCAGCUGUCUUUCCACUCUUCAUCAUCUUCAUAGCUGCCUUCACUUAUUCCUUAUUAAUCCUCUGCACUUCCUGAUUCAAAAACUCUCCACCAUCUAUCCUCCUCUCACUCUUGAUUUCUUCAUUCAUCGGCUCCUUGGAGUAUUUCUUCUGUCUUCUGUCUUGUCAACAGACUCUUCAAUCAUUAGCACAUUUCCAUUUCUGUGUUUAAUCAUCCUAACCCACUGCACAUCUUUUCCAUCUCAGUCUCUCUCUGCCUGGCCAAUUGAUAGAUUGGCCAAGCAGAUAGAUUUUCUCUCUUUGCCAUAAGCCUAACCUUCCAAUACUUCCUCUGUCCAGAGGAUGCACCAAACAGCUUGGCAGCUUCCCUCAGCACUACAGCUGUAUGUUCCCAGUCAGCUUGUAAUUUUUCCCUUCCACCCAGAGCACGUCUCAAUUCCUUCCUGAGCCUCUGCCCUCGCUUCCUCUUGAUGAUUGAAGUGAUCCUACAGACUACCAUCUUUGCUGCCUAGUUAAAUUCUCCUGUGCGACCACCGUGCAGUCUCCUACCUCUUUCAGAUUGCGCCUACUACAUAAGAUGUAGUCCACUUGUGUGCACCGUCCUCCACUUAUACACCACCCUAUCUUCCUCCAAUCAAUUCAACAGUUGUACUAAUAACAGCAAAAGUAAAUUGGUAUUUGCUAUGAUUUGUUUUCCUUGAAUAAUUUGUGGCAUACUCAACAAUGGCAUUUGAGCUGCUCUGAAUGAGUCAUAUGUCAAAGACACAUCCAUGCAAAUAAAUAUAUAAAUAAAAAAGAUUUGGUCUUC